AUUGGACUUCAGCGAUCCGAUCCAACACGAAUCGAACUCACUCCAUCUUUCUCUUCAUUUCUAUCGCACCAAAUAGACAGCCAACGCAUCGAUUGUUGACCAUACAUACCUUGAUCAACGCUGCCAUUAGAGAGUGCUACAACAUACACAAAGCAUUUGACAUCCGUUGCUCGAGUGCUGAGAAAGCAUACAAUCCAUUAAGAGUGUUAGUUGAAAUUUCCUCAGUGGGUAACAAGCAAUCAUGAUGGGGGACUAUCGAAUGUCGGCACCGCCGAGACUCGCUGACCCUUACGCCAGCUUGAUGGUGGAGGACUCAUCGAUGGUCACGGCCAGCACUAAAUCUACCGGCGCCAUGCACACCAAACGAAAGGAUCGGAAUAGCCCAUGGUUCACUUCGCGGCAAAUACGCCUCUUUCGCAAGCCGCCUCCUGCUGAACAGGCUGCAUACACGGGUCCUCCUCGAUAUGAUUGGGUUGAUAUUGAAACCGCUGCCGCUGUCAAGAUCCAGGCUGCGUACCGCCGCUGGAGAGUCAUCACCAUGAUGGAAGAACAAGGUCGCAGCACGGCAGCUGUGAGGAACUCGUCACGAAGGCGUCAGGCGGCCAAAGAGGCCACCAUGAACCCAGCGCAAGAUUUUGUCAAUCUCUUUGCCUGCUGUGGGGUAGAUCUUGGCUUGGGUGGAGGUAACCAGGAAAAGUACUUGGAUAUUACUAGGGAAAUCGAAACUGCUAGAUACCAGGAGACCACCCGCAUGAGACAAGAACGGGAGGAAUUGCUGCGAAAGUCCUACAAACGCAAGUCCACUGGAAUGCGACACAGCCUCGUGGAAAAUGUCGAGGUGGUUCAGUAGAUUUGCUAUUUACACAACAAUCUACGUUCUUGAUGACAAAUUUAUCCCUGGCUUGCUGCUAGAAAGUGUCGAAACUUCUCGUGUGGAAGACGGACCUGUACAUCCGUUGUCGUCGUGGGUUUCAUGCCAUGAGCUUUCUUGUUUGGAGCGCCGACGUGGUUGUGGGGUUGUGGAUAGCUUCGGUAUGGAUGUACCAUAUCUUUUGUUAGCAAUCCAAACACGCCACAACCCCUCUACUAUUUGUGUAGAAUCAUUGAACUCAUAACACAACUCUAUCCAUCCCUGGUUUUUAUC